AUGACAGAGGCAUGCAGGCCGCUGCUGACGGCUCGCAGUGACAACCCCGUUGCCGCAGCGCCGGUGCGGGUUGUGCUGGCGCUGCUUCUGCUGGCAGUCCCAUGGCCAGGCGGGCCCCGCCCCACGGCCGCCAUGCCAACCGCGCCGCCGGCCUGGCGCGCCUCGAUGCGCGCGCCGCUGCCGCGACCGCCGCCGCCACCCCCCUCACGCGACCACGACCGCGGCAGCGGCAGUGGCAGCAGCAAUAGCAGCUGUUCUGGCUGCCGCGGCGGCGGGGCGCCCCCAGCCGCCCUUCUCGCCGACCUGCCCGCUUCAGCCGCCGCCGACCUCGGCCCCUACGCCCCGGCCUUCCUGGCGCUGUCAGACAUGGCAUACCCCCGAGACCACGUCGCGGGCACGCCGCGGCGCGACCCGGGCCCCUGCCUGGCCGCGUGGGGGGCGGCGGCGCCCCCGACGGAGAUAUGGGCGCCCGGGGACCCUGAGCGGCGCGCGCUCGUGUUCAGGACGAGGCGGGACGUAAUUGUUGCGUUCAGGGGCAUGAGCGGGGCGGGCAGCUUCCAAAACUAUGCUGACGUGGCGCCAGAGUACGCCGCCGACUACUUUGGCGCCCCACCGCCGGGGGCGCCGCUGCCCCCUGAGCUGCGGCUGGCUGAGUACCGCACGCGCCGGCCGUUUGCAGACUCUGACCUCUUCUGGGUCCUGCGGAGGGACUACAGCGUGUUGCUCCUGCUCGAGGACGCUCUGACUCGGGCGGUGGCGGCGCUGGUCGCGCAGAUGGACCCCGCAGACCGCCCCAACCACCGCAUCUGGCUCACCGGCCACAGCUCCGGCGGCGCACUCUCGCAGCUCUUUGCUCUGCGGCUCGCGCUGCUGGCCGGCCCCGGCCGCGUCGGCGGCGUCCUGUUGUUCAACUCUGACCGCGUCGGCAGCGCGGGGUUUGCAGCAUUCUACGACACUCUCCUCGGACCCGUCACCACGCGCUUCGGCUACGGCCUGGAGAAUGCCAACCUUGUGUCCAACAUGGCGAUGGGCCUCAGGUUCCCGGGCCGCGCCUACUGGCUUUGCCCAGUCGAGGGGCGGCCUUUGGAGCAGCUCGUGACGCUGCCCCUGGGGGAGGACCACGUGAACGUGUGCAAGGGGCUCACGCCAUUCCCCAGGAGCACAGACAUGGAGACCGAGGAUGACGUGGACCGGCGGUGGCGCAUCCCCUUGUAUCCCUACCCUGUUAUGUCAACGUUUGCGGAGUGGAGCUCCUUCUCGCACCACUUCCCCCAGCUGCUGUUUGACGCCCUCCUGCGCCAUCUGGGCGAGAGCCUCGGCCCCCACGCGGCCGCGGCGCUGCGGCUGCCGGAGUGCGUCGUCAGCGAUCGCUGCGCCGCGGCGCUGCGGCCGCAGGGGGACACGCGGUGCCGCAGCUGCGCGGACCACUCCACCUGCACUGGUGAGUUUUGA